AUGAGUUCCCCAAAAAGACGUAUUGAAAAAGAUGUUAUGGAAUUAAUGAUGAGUGAUCAUGAUGUAACAUUAAUUGAUGAUUCAAUUCAACAAUUAUUUGUUAUAUUUAAAGGUCCCAAGGAAACACCAUAUGAAGGAGGACUUUGGAAAAUAAGAGUAGAAUUACCAGAUCAAUAUCCUAUAAAAUCUCCAUCAAUUGGUUUUACAAAUAAAAUUUAUCAUCCAAAUAUUGAUGAAGGUUCUGGUGCUGUAUGUCUAGAUGUUAUAAAUCAAACUUGGUCUCCAAUGUUUGGUUUAUUAAAUAUAUUUGAAAAUUUUUUACCUCAUUUAUUAAGAUAUGCUAAUCCAAGUGAUCCUUUAAAUACUGAAGCUUCUAAUUUAAUGACAAAAGAUGAAUCUAAAUAUAAUGAAACUGUUAAAAAAUAUGUUCAACAAUAUGCUAGUGAAAAACCUAUAUUAGACGGUGAUGAAGAGAAUGAUUUAGAUGAUGAUGAAGAUAAUGAAUUGAGCGAUGUUGGAAGUUUAUCAAGUGAUGAUGAUGAAGAGGAAGAAGAAGAAGUAGCUGGUGAUUUAGACAUCUAA